UUCUUCCAUCCUUGAGUUAAUCCAGAGUCCUGCAUGUCUUUAUAUAAGACGACCUUACCUUAAUGCAUGGUCUGCUGCUUAGUAUACUACUAGUCUAUUACCUUCAAGACAUUGUGUGUUCCUUCUCAUAACUCUCACAAUCGCAUAUAUAGCUUGCUUUGUGUUAUCGAAACCUCAAAAAAUGGCAAGCCCUAGUUCUGCAGAAGGCGCACACGAGACGAACCCCGAAAAGGUCAAGCUCGUCACCGUUCUGAGCAUCGAUGGUGGCGGCGUCAGAGGAAUCAUCCCCGCCACCAUCCUGGCCUUCCUCGAAGAGAAGCUCCAAGAACUGGAUGGACCAGAUGCUAGGAUCGCCGACUACUUCGACGUUGUUGCCGGCACGAGCACCGGUGGUCUCCUGACGGCGAUGCUCACAGCUCCUGACCAGAACGGACGGCCGCUCUUCGACGCCAAGAAUUUGGCGCAGUUCUACAUCGACCACUCGCCCAAGAUCUUCCCACAGAAGAACUGGAUCCUGUCGAAGAUCGCCAGCACGCUGAGGAUGGUGAGGGGACCGAAGUACGACGGCAAGUACCUCCAUAGCCUGCUUCGUCAGUACCUCGGCGACAUGAGGUUGGACAAGGCGCUAACAAAUGUGGUCAUCCCGACCUUCGACAUCGCAUUCCUGCAACCCACAAUUUUCUCAAGCUUUGAGCUGAAGCACCGGCCGUCGAAAAAUGCACUCCUGGCGGACAUCACGAUCAGCACCUCCGCCGCGCCGACCUUCUUCCCGGCGCACUACUUCGAGACCAAAGACGAGGACGGCAAGACCAGGGCCUUCAACCUCGUCGACGGAGGCCUCGCCGCCAACAAUCCCACACUGUGUGCGAUGAGCCAGGUGACUCAGGACAUCAUCCUCGGCGACGACGACUUCUUCCCGGUGAAGCCGACGGACUACGGCAAGUUCAUGGUGAUCUCCGUCGGCUGCGGGUCGAACCGGGACCAAAGGUACAGCGCCAAGGCCGCCGCCAAGUGGGGCAUCUUCAACUGGCUCAUCAAGGACGGCAACGCUCCCAUCAUCGACAUGUUCAACUCCGCCAGCGCCGACAUGGUCGACAUCAACCUCUGCGUCCUCUUCAGGGCCCUGCACUCCAGCCAAAACUACCUGCGCAUCCAGUAUGAUCAGCUCACGGGCAGCGCGGGCUCCAUCGACGACUGCUCCAAGGAGAACAUGGACAAGCUGGUGCAGAUUGGCAAGGACCUUCUCGGCCAGAACGUCUCCCGGGUGGACCUAGAGACUGGCAAGAACGUGGACGUUCCCGGCGUGGGCACGAACGCCGAGCAGCUCGCCAAGUUCGCCAAGCAGCUCUCUGACGAGCGACGCCGGCGCCAGAACCUUUCGAAGUAGCACAUAUACAGAUACAGCAGCAUGCUGGAAAAUAAAAGAAGAACAGAUUUUGUAACACUUCAACUGCCGAUCAUAGGGCCGUGGUUUCAACAUGCAUUCUCGAGCUGCUUUUGCGUUUUCAUGCUCUAGCAUUCUGUAUUCCAUUCAUUUCCUGGCUUUUGGUUGUCAUGUAGCAUUACUAUUAGUUUGCAGUGAUCAAAUAUUAUAAAUAAGUUAACGGGUUU